GCUCGGAUAUCUGGUUGGCGAGUACGAAGACCCCAGCCAGUAGCCAGUAGUUUUUAGGUGAACAUCGACCUCCUUCGAUUGUCGGUUCCUGAAGCGAAUUUACGGUUUCGGAAGCAAAAAGAAGAGAGAAGGGACGCGGGCAGCUGCUUCCGGCGAUCAACCCCUAGCGUCGCUCGACCCCGACGGUUGAACGACACUUUCUCGAGUUCUACUAUCAGGACCUCCGACCUAUCUCUACGAUCUCGAGUCGAUAUACCAUCCACAAAACGCUCGAGAACUAUAUCAUAGGCCGGCAACUUUCGUUUCCGACGACAAUGUCCGCCGCGUCACGUCAACAGGCGGCGGCUGGGAGGAUCAACCCGAACUGGUUGCACUAUGGAGCGGCCGCGUUGCUGGGAGCUAUCGUGCUGGGGAACGUCUUGCGUUGGGGUAUCCUAGGCUGGACGGAUCCUUAUCGAUGUGAAGCGUUGUUGACGACCGGUUCAUGGUCAGACCCUGGUACAUGGUCGAAUUGGCAACCAGAAGGCUGUAUCCUCUCCACACCGACCCCAGCGCUCCUUAGCAAAUGCCUCCUUCCACAACCUUCCCCUCCUACCGGUCUCUCUUCCCUCUUCUCCCCCACCUCCUCCUCCUCUUCUUCUUCUUCCUUAUCCGCGGGCAAGUCCUCAGCAACGAUCAGGUUCAUCGGGGACUCCACCGUCCGUCAGGUCUACCACGCCGCGAGCCAGCUUAUGGACCCUUCUCUGGCUGGAGCGGCAGGGGCAUCGGCUGGUGAUAAACAUACCGACAAGGAGGUCAGGGUGAAGGGGAAGAAUGGCGGGGAGGUCGUCUUUAGCUUUUGGUGGGACCCUUUCCUCAAUACCACCAAGACGAUCGAAUAUCUCGGCCGCCCCACAUCUUCCCCCUCUUCCCUCCUCGUCCUCGGUUCAGGCCUCUGGUACCUGCGCCACCCUUCUUCCGGGGGUCUAAGCGCCUGGACGACGAUGGUAGACGAGACUUUCAACUCGAUCGUCUCUUCCCAGCCUAAAUCGCAAUCACACCUCCUGCCUCCACCUAUGCCCAUGCUCAGAGACGGCCUAGGGAUCGCGGACAGUAUCGUCUUUUUACCUGUGACCAGGCCGGUGGAUUCCAGGUUGAACCCCGAUCGAGCAGAGACGAUCAACCACGUCGACGUAGAAGCUAUGAACUCUGGUCUUCUCGCCCGACUGUUGACCAGCCAUACCUCCGGCCUGACCCCUUCGACCCACACGACCGCCCCCGUGGUCAUCCCUACGGUCUUGAACGACCUGCUCGUCCCCUCAGAGACCGAGGACGGCUUGCACUAUUCCGACAAGAUCGUCAAGAAGCAAGCGGAGAUCUUGUUGGGGUAUAGGUGUAAUGAUAUGGCGAACGAGAUGAGCGGGGCGUGUUGUCGCAGGGAAAAGAGGUUGACGAUCAUGCAAGUCGUCGUACUGUUCUUCGUCUGUGCGUGGGCGCCUCUGAGUAUUUUGCUGAGGAGCAAGGCUACGACAUUUGCGGCCAAGAACAACCACCUGCUCGUCCCCCCCAAAGCCGCCAUGCCGUUCACUAUCUUCGGUACGGCCAUCCUUUACCUCUUCCUGGCCGACCGGACGAGCGUCUUCCUCAAAGAACAGAAACAGUACAACGUAUGGACGUUUAGCAUCCUGGUACUGAUCGCUCUGGGGAUCGGGUUGAUCACUACGGUCAGACGGGAUAAGGAUAUGGGAUUCUUGAACCGGGAACAGACCGACGAGUGGAAAGGAUGGAUGCAGAUCGCCAUCCUGAUCUACCACUUUUUCGGAGCUUCCAAGAUUUCGGGGAUUUAUAACUCUAUCCGGGUGCUGGUUGCUUCCUAUCUGUUCAUGACGGGAUAUGGACACUUCACUUACUACUACAAGAAGAACGAAUUCGGGUUUCAGCGAAUCGCGAUGGUCAUGGUCCGACUCAACCUGCUCUCGGUCGUCCUUCCCUACACGAUGAACACCGACUAUGCUUUCUACUACUUUGCACCCCUUGUCUCGUGGUGGUACAUGAUCAUCUACGCGACCAUGCUCGUCGGGCACAAGUACAACGACAAGCCGGCGUUCUUGUUGCCCAAGAUCAUCGUCUCUGGGGUCUUGGUCGCGCUGUUCAUGAAGCAAGGAUGGAUCAUGGAGAGGAUCUUUACCGUCCUCAAGCUCGUCUUUGGGAUCCAGUGGUCCGCCAAGGAAUGGUCUUUCCGGGUCUCGCUCGAUCUCUACAUCGUCUACGGAGGCAUGCUAUGUUCGUACGCCUACAUCAAGAUCAAAGAGUUGAGGUUCCCGGAUAAACCCUGGUUCGCCAUGGCCAGGAAUAGCGCCAUCGGAGCGUCCGUAUUGGCGUUCAUCUGGUUCUUCUGGUUCCAACUCUCGCUUCCCAACAAGUUCAUCUACAACGACUAUCAUCCCGUCGUCUCGGCCAUCCCGAUCUUUGCGUUCAUUGUCCUGCGGAACGCUAGCGGUUUGCUUCGAUCGGCCUCGUCCAAGGUGUUCAUGUUCAUCGGACAAUGCUCCUUGGAGACGUUCAUCCUGCAAUUCCACGGUUGGAUGGCAUCGGAUACCAGGGGGAUCCUGAUGGUCAUCCCGGGGACGCGGUGGAGACCGCUCAACCUGGUCCUCUCCACCAUCGUGUUCAUCUGGCUCAGCUACAAGGUGUCCAACGCGACGGGCGAGAUUACCGACUGGGCCGUUGGGUUGCCCAAGAAGAAGCCAGCUGGUCUGCCGGUCCCGGUUACCGCUGCCUCUGCACCUACCACUGCACCUUCGGCUUCGACAGUCGUGGUCGAUGCAAUCGGGUCCAAUGGUAGCGCUGGGGCUGUACCAGAAUCGAUCGCGCUCAUGAACCGAGACGAACCCAACAAGGAGUUCAAUGUCGACAACGAGGGCUUGCUCGAAAAGGAAAUACCGCCAACGGCGACGAGGAGGUCGAACGCCAAGGGCAUCCUCAACCAACUCUCAUCACACCCCCAGGUAGCGGCCUUUACGGAAGCGGCCAAGACGAGACCCUCGAUCAAGCUGAGCUUGACACUGGUGGUCUUGUGGAUCCUGAACCUUUUAUACUAGAUACUAGACUUCGGAAGAGCGUAGAGGGGGCGUAAUAAUGAAUUUGGGCAUGAUAGACAUGAAGAAUCGCAUACAUUUACAUGACAGCCUAGAACGAUUCUAUCAUCAAAUGGUCCGUUCCCUGUCGCGAGUUUGUUGAUGUCGUGGUCGAGGACCGCCUUUCAUGCUC